AUGGCAGACAACGCCCCGCCUACCGCUGAGACUUUGCUCAGCGGCGCUGCUACUCACCCGCCUAAGGCCGCCGAGGAUAUCGCCUCCCAGCAUGAUCUGCUCCCCCGACUCAUCCCGUACCUCGACCGUCACCUGGUCUUCCCCCUGCUCGAAUUCAGCGCUACCGGCGAUGAGGAGGACAAAGAAAUCACCCGGGCCAAGUACGAGCUCCUGAAGCACACCAACAUGACCGACUACGUCGCCAACUUGUGGCAGGAGAUCAACAACUCCGAUACCAUUCCCGACGAGUUUGUGAAGAAGCGCGAGGAGGUUCUGUCCAAGCUACAGCACUACCAGGAUCAGAGCGAGAAGAUUACCGAGUUGUUGCAGGAUGAGGAGGUUGUGGGUAACCUGCGGAGCGACAAGGCCGCUAACUUGCGGUUCCUCGAGGAGCAGCACGGUGUGACCAACGACAUGGUCAACAGCCUUCAUGACUACGGACGGUUCCAGUACAGCUGCGGUAGCUACGGAAAUGCCGCCGAGUUGCUUUACCAGUUCCGCGUUCUGUCCACCGACAACGAUAAGGUCGCCUCUGCUACAUGGGGUAAGCUCGCCUCAGAGAUUCUGACCACCAACUGGGAGGGUGCGAUGGAGGAGGUUCAGAAGGUCAAGGACUCGAUUGAGACCCGCCUGUUCAACAAUCCCAUGGCUCAGCUCACCAACCGCUCUUGGCUUAUUCACUGGUCGCUGUUCCCCUUCUUCAACCACGACCCCGCCCGCGACGUCCUGACCGACCUUUUCUUCUCCCCCGCCUACAUCAACACUAUCCAAACCAGCUGCCCUUGGGUUUUGCGAUACCUCGCCGCCGCCGUCAUCACCAACCGCAGCCGCCCCCACAAGCACUCCGGUGUCUACCAGAAGCAAUUGAAGGAUCUGAUCCGCGUUGUGCGCCAGGAGGACUACGAGUACACAGACCCCAUCACCGAUUUCGUCAAGGCCCUUUACGUCGAGUUCGAUUUCGAGGAGGCACAGAAGAAGCUUGGCGAGGCAGAGGAUGUGCUCCGCAGCGAUUUCUUCCUUGUGUCGGCUGCUGAUGCUUUCGUCGAUGCUGCCCGUCAUCUCAUUUCCGAGAGCUACUGCAAGAUCCACCAGCGUAUUGACAUCAACGACCUGUCUACUCGCCUCGGUCUAAGCCAGGAUGAAGGUGAGAAGUGGAUUGUCAACCUGAUCCGCGACACCCGCGUCGAUGCCAAGAUCGACUACAAGGAGGGCACUGUUAUCAUGAACCACCCUCCCCAGUCUGUUUAUCAGCAAGUCAUUGAGAAGACCAAGGGUGCCUUCUUCCGCACACAAGUCUUGAGCUCGGCUGUCGCAAAAUAA